GAGCGCCUUAUCUUGGGAGCAACAAGAGCGAAUCAGUUGAACGAGUAACAGAAUCCCGUAUACAGAGACAUCGCAGUGGUUUUCGCGCGGGUCAGGCCACCUCGCUUCUGGUUUGCCAUGCCUUUCGGUAGAAUCAAGCGCCCCGAAAUCACUUCGUGGAGAGUCGGCAUCGGGGCUUUCGGGUGCUGCGACUGUGCGAGAACAGGUAGGAUUUGACCUGUAUCAUGUCGCUUACGCUGCUAGGUCUCUCCGUGAGAUGUUUUGGCAAACUUAUAUAUCGCAUCGCGUAUUUCCCCUCUUUUCGUUUGCAUAAACCUUGAAAGCCUCCAAAUCUUUUACAAUGUCGUCCUUGACCAGCGUCUCCACCGCACGUUCAGAAGUGUCCCCUCAUGUACCCGCAGACAUCGUCGUACCACUCCAUAGCCGUGAUGACACGAAUCAGAACAGGAAUAUCUCCAUCGAGUUCACCAUGCGUUUUGAUGACGUCCUUGAUUCACAGAAGCUAGUCGACUCGCUGUGGAAAUUGCUCGAGAAACCUGGCUGGAACAAAGUAGGAGCGCGAUUGCGUCUCAACACCACAAAUGGGAGACUCGAAUACCAUAUACCAUCACGCUACACCAAGGAACGUCCACCAGUCAACUUUACUCAGAAGACGUACGACAUGAGGUUUGAGGAGCAUCCCAUCGGCCGCAAAUUUCCUGUGGUAGACGAGCACAACGACAAUGUCCAAUCCUUUGACGUACUAGACUCCCUUCGUGGGAUUACGCAGACAGAAAACAGCACUACGGUCCUCGACGAUUGGAUCCAUACAGAUAAAGCACAGCUCGGCUUGCACGUUGUGAGCUUCAAGGAUACCACACUUGUCACCCUCACUUGGUUGCAUACACUUCUUGACGCGAUGGGGCGACAAGCCCUCCUAAAGGCGUGGCAGGCGGUCUUGGAGGGUAGGGAUGACGAUGUACCAGAGUUCUGGGGGUUUGAUUUCGAUCCACUGGCACAGCUUGGAGCGCCUCUCGGCGAAGACAAAACAACAGCAGAGGAUAAGAACACUCCUGAUGUGAAAGUGCAAGAGAAGCAACAAGGAUCCCCAUCUCCGGCCUCUGAAAUAAAAAAAGCACCAUCCGGCCGGAUGCUCUACGUGCCCGCAUCUUACAUGGCUCGCCUGCGUACUAAAGCAAUGAACGAUCUUACCUCUCUCGACGCCUCACAAAUCACUUACAACACUUCAAACUCUUCCGAGCCCAAGCCCUUCCUUUCCGACGGUGAUAUAUUUUCCGCGUGGUUGGUCAAACACCUCAUAUCCGCCGAUGCCACUCUUCUUGAGUCCCCGCCCGUUCGACCAGUCAUAUUCGUCAAUGUGUUGGGAAUGCGAGACGUGCUGUCGACAUCUUCAUCCAAGUACAAAGUCUUGAUCCCAAGAGGAACAGCGUUCAUCGGGAACGCGGCAACCGGCAUCGUCUCUCCGUUCAGUCUAAAGCAAUUUCUGGACAUGCCACUAGGCCAUAUUGCUGCUCGUAUACGCAAAGACCUAGUUGAGCAAGGAAACAGGGAGGCUGUCGAAGCUUCUCAGCGUGCGAGCCGUAUCGAACAACAGACUAACAUGGCACCACCGGAUGCGCAAAUGGCGCCAGCAGUGUUCGUAGUCUCUAACUGGGCAAAGGCCAAGUUGUUUGAAAUCAGCUUCAGCGCUGCAGUUGUUCCUCGCACCGACAACCAGGGCGGGCCUGUCGGUAAGCCAACUACUGGCAAGCCCACAUAUAUUCAUGUGUACGGCACCGACAAACGGGCAAGUGGUUCAGGUGUAGGCCCAGGUGGUAUUGGAAAUUGUGUAGGUAAGGACGCGAGGGGAGGAUAUUGGCUUGGAGGAAUCUGUUCUGGAGGGUGGGCAGAGAGGUUUGAGAAGGCUGUGUUGAGCGAUGCAUAGACCAGCAAAUUGAUCACAACGCGCGAGUAACGAAUGCUGAUAUACGAGCACGUUGAAGACUGUCUACCACACUUGGUAUC